AUGGCGAACCCCGUCGACCCUGCAGUGACCUCGUCGCUGCUAUCUCCAGCGCCUCCUGCGCCCGCGUCGCAGCAAGACUCCAGCAAGGACGCCCAACCCACUUCUACCCCUCAGCCAGAGCAACAACCACAACAGCAACAGCAACAAGCGCAACCCCAAGCCCCUCCCGGCGACAACAAAGCAGCCGCACCAGUAGCACCAGCAAAUGGCGCAUCCAAACCCGCUAAACAAUCCGGCAAGGCCAAAGAAGGCACUCCCGCUCCCACCGAAGGAGGCGACGCCGCUGCCGCCGGCGGCGAGAAACUAUCGGGCGCGGAGUUGAAGAAAAAGGCCAAGGCCGAAAAGGCCGCCCGCAGAGCAAAGGAAAAGUUGGAACGAGAACAAGCUGGCGGUGGGCCCGGUGCAGGAGGAGCUCCCGGUACGCCCUCGAAAAAGGGACCCCCCGGUGGUGGACUAGGAGGGAAGGAUGGUACGUCGUCGCAGUCUCUGAAGGGGGGUAAGGCGUUACCCCGCCGGGGGUCUGCGCAGACGACGGCUCAGUUGGGAGCUGCGGAGCAGAAGAAGAAGCAGGAGGAGAAGAAUGUUGCUGUGUUUGGGCAUUUGUAUGGGCAGCAGAGGAGGACGACGGUGGCCGGGGCUGGCAAGGAAUUGCACCCGGCUGUGUUGGCGUUGGGAUUGCAGAUGAGGGAUUAUGUUGUUUGUGGGAGUAGUGCGCGGUGUGUUGCUACGCUGCUUGCGUUUAAGCGGGUUAUCGAGGCUUAUAGCACACCCCUUGGUACCUCCCUGUCUCGACACUUGACCACACAUUUGUCCCACCAGAUCACCUAUCUCUCGACAUGUCGUCCCCUUUCCAUCAGUCAGGGUAAUGCUAUUCGAGCGCUCAAGCUGGCCAUCGCUGAUAUUGACCCCUCUGUUCCUGAGGCGUCUGCCAAGGCCACUCUGAGUGACUUUAUCGACAGCUUCAUACGGGAAAAGAUCACCGUGGCCGACCAAGUUAUUGCGGGCAGCGCUGCGCAGAAGAUCCAGGAUGGCGACGUGAUUGUGACUUUUGCCGGUAGCUCGAUUGUCAAGCAGACUUUGGUUACCGCGCACAAGCAGGGUAAAAAAUUCCGCGUCUCCAUCAUCGACUCGCGCCCUCUAUUCGAGGGCAAGAACAUGGCUCGGGCUUUGGUCAACGCUGGACUCGACGUGCAGUACUCUCUCGUGAACGGUAUCAGCCACGCCAUCAAGGAUGCCACCAAGGUGUUCCUGGGGGCCCACGCCAUGACCAGUAACGGACGUUUGUACUCUCGCGUUGGUACAGCCCUGGUUGCCAUGUCGGCCAAGGAACGUGCGGGUGGUGUCGAGGUCCCCGUCAUUGUGUGCUGCGAGACGGUCAAGUUCACCGACCGCGUCGCCCUGGACAGUAUCGUCGUUAACGAAAUCGCUGAUGCGGACGAGUUGGUAUCAACUGAGCCCUUUCAGCAGAUAACCGGCCUGCCUGAUACUGCUGCUGAAUCUCAAUCGGAACCUCCCAAGAAGGGCAAGGCUCCCCCUCCUGCUAGCGCCGCAGAGCCCAAUCCCGCCUUGAACAAUGCGUCUACCCCUCUCAAGAACUGGAAAGACACACGCAACCUGCAGCUGCUCAACAUCAUGUACGACGUCACCCCUGCCGAAUAUGUGGACAUGGUCGUCACAGAGAUGGGCAGCUUGCCGCCCAGUGCCGUUCCAAUCGUACACCGGAUGAGUACGAACUUGUAA